CACAACAUUUCGUUAAAUUUGCGAGUAACAAUUCUCGGAACCACCGAGGAAAAUAGUCGCACGAAGCCAAAAUGGGCAAGGGCGACGGCAAAAAGGAGAAAAAGGGUUCCCCAUCGGAAACGAUCGGUUGGGGCGCGACGCCCAAAUUUGCCGUCUUGCAGUAUCCGGGCGAAACGCAACCCGUCGGAACGUUGUCGACCGCUGCUUCCCACGAAACCUCCAACGAUGCCACCACCAGCCUCACACCGGGACGUCGAGUCCAAGCCGGUCGGGGUCCCAAAAUGGCCAGUACGGGCUUGGCAAUUGGCCGAGACUCCUUCACGGUCCGGGUCCGCGAUCCGGCCUGGUUGACCUCCCGUGCCGCCGUGUACGACCGCAUCCGCGCCUCGCGAGCGGCAGAACUCGCGUUGAAAACGCCGACACCCAUCCGGGUCGUCAUGCCGGAUGGCAAGGUACUGGAGCAGGAUCAGGAAGGCCAGAACUUUAGGGCCUGGCAGACGACGCCCUGGGAUGUAGCACGGGUGAUUGCGCAGGGAUUGGCCGACGCCGCCACGGUGGCUAGGGAAAAUCAGUUGCUCUGGGAUAUGACCAGACCCUUGGUAGGGAACGUGGCCAAACUGGAAUUGCUCAAGUUUGAGGAUGAUCAAGACGCCAAAACGGUCUUCUGGCAUUCAUCGGCUCAUAUGAUGGGAGAGGCAUUGGAACACCUUUACGGAUGCAAGUUGACCAUCGGACCGCCGUUGGCGGGAGGAUUCUAUUACGAUUCCUACAUGGGCAAGGAUGCCUUUCGAGAAGAAGAUUACUCCCCCGUGGAAGGGGAAGUAGGCAAAAUUAUCAAGCAAAAGCAAAAGUUCGAGCGCCUAGUCAUUACCAAGGAGGAAGGCUUGGAGUUGUUCGCCGACAAUCCCUUCAAGGUCAAUAUUCUUACUACCAAGGUCCCCGACGGAUCCCGCACCACCGUCUACAAAUGUGGUGAUCUAAUAGAUCUGUGUCGGGGUCCACACCUGUCCCAUACCGGCAAGGUCAAGGCCUUUGCCGCGACACGGCAUUCGGCCACCAAUUGGCUGGGAGAUACCAACAACGAUACCCUCCAGCGCAUGUAUGGAAUUUCGUUCCCCGACAAGAAAAUGCUCAAGGUUUGGAAGGAAAAUCAAGAAAAGGCCAAAGAACGCGAUCAUCGUCGUAUCGCGGCCAAGCAGGAUCUCAUAAUGUUCCAUGACUUAUCUGCAGGGAGCGCCUUUUGGCUGCCGCACGGAGCCCGCAUUUACAACAAGCUCAUUGAUUUUAUUAAAUCACACUACUGGAACCGCGGCUACGACGAAAUCAUCACACCCAACAUUUACAAUCUUGAUUUGUGGCACAAGUCCGGCCACGCCCUCCACUACAAGGACGCUAUGUUCUGUUUUGACGUGGAAGGUCAAGAAUGGGCUAUGAAACCCAUGAAUUGUCCUGGUCACUGUCUCAUGUUCGCCAAUUCAAUUCGUUCCUACCGUGAUUUGCCGCUGCGUUUUGCCGAUUUCGGAGUGUUGCAUCGCAACGAACUUUCCGGUGCUCUCACGGGCUUGACGCGCGUCCGACGCUUUCAGCAGGAUGAUGCCCAUAUUUACUGCCGCGAGGAUCAAAUUGAAAAAGAAGUCGUGGAUGCGCUUAAUUUUAUGAAGGAUGUUUACGAUACAUUCGGAAUGACGUACAAACUGGAACUGUCCACACGUCCUCAAAAGGCGCUCGGGGACGUUGCGCUUUGGGAGCGCGCGGAGGAAGCCCUGGCGAACGCCAUGGAUAUGUUCGCUGGCAAGGGUGGCUGGAGAGUAAAUCCGGGGGACGGCGCCUUUUAUGGACCCAAAAUCGACAUCAAGGUUAUGGACGCCAUGGAUCGUGUGCACCAGUGUGCUACUGUACAGCUGGAUUUCCAACUACCCAUUCGAUUUGACCUCCAAUACACCACGGCGAGCAAGGAAGAAGGCCAGCAGUUUGCUCGGCCAGUGAUGAUCCAUCGUGCCAUGCUUGGUAGUGUGGAGCGCAUGUUUGCCGUCUUGUGCGAACACUAUGGAGGAAAGUGGCCAUUCUGGCUGAGUCCUCGACAAGUGAUGCUCGUGCCGGUUCAUGCCGAAUUUUUCGAUUACAGCGAAGAUAUUCGUGCGAAACUCCAUGCCGAAGGUUUCUAUGUGGAUGUCGAUACCUCGAAGAAUACAUUUCAAAAGAAGGUUCGCAAUGCACAGGUAGCGCAGUAUAACUUUCAGUUUGUCGUAGGCAAGGCCGAGGUCGCCAACGGCUCGGUCAACAUCCGCAAUCGGGAAAAUCAGGUCGAGGGUGAGAAAAAGAUUGAUGAGAUGAUCGCGAUGCUCAAGCAAUUGAGAGAGGAACACAAGUAGAAAUUCGGUUUCGUUAAGUUCCGUGAAACUAAGUAUUUAUCAACAUUCCCGUAACAUCAGACACCGUCUUGUUCCUAGUUCUUCGUGCGCGCCCACAGCGCUUUGCUGCCGCUUCGAACAUGGCUCGGUUGUGCAUGUCGGUCAAUUCUACAGGUGGCGUGGCACCGCGCUUCAUAAUGAGCGCAGCACGAGGAAGAGCGAGUCUUUCAGUUCUCUUUUCGUCAAACUGCUUCGAGGCAUCCAGUACUGCCGUGCGCAUCUCGCGGUGUUUUCUGUACAACGCACGGUUUAUAACCAAGGGAGACAUGUUCAUAUCUUUGAUGACUUCUUCGUGCAAUCCGUCGACAUGUCCAGGGAGCAUCACUGCCCGAGAAGAAUCUCGAAGAUCCCCGGAAGCAUUUCUUUCAUUCUCCACCCAUAAAGGAGAGCCUGGCUCGUGUGAAUGAGAACGCUUCUUUUUAUAGAUCAAAUGAGAGUCGGACUGUUGAUCUAGAAGUUCGAGAUCGGAAGCACUGGCCCCGAUGCCAUUCGUUUUCUCCUCUCGAACAGGUGUGAGACCUUCCGUUGAUAGGCCACUCACCAAAUGCCCCGGGGCUGAAAGAAGAUUUUUGUCUGUUGAAUUUAUUCCGACACUCACCUCCGCGUUGCGGAGGGCACU